ACGAAACAGGAAAAAGAGGGAAAAAAACCGAAAAACGGAAUUUUGGUUGAAAUUGCAUAAAAAAAAAAGUCACCCCCGCCAUUUCCACCACCAUGGCCAACGAUCACCGUUCCAAUUCUCUGCCCCCCUCCACCCAUUCCUUCCUUUCCAAGCUCCUCCUCUUCCUAACAAUCCUCUCUCUCGCGUUAGCUGCCAUAGCCUUCGUUCUCCAGUGGCGCGGUGGGAGUGUAUCUGAUCCCACCACCGUCACUUCCCGAUGGGCCCCUCGUGGUUCCCGCCGCGAGGUCUUCCCUGGAAUGGAGACUUCAUCAUCUCUUCCCCCCAAAUACAAUCAUUCUUCUAAUUGUAUCAAUCUUGGUCGUAGCUCUUCACCUUCUUUCCCCUACUACAGGGACUGGAAAUUUGGUUUUGAAGAUAGUUUAAAGCCAAAGAUUUGUAUUACAACAAGUACAUCAGCCGGGUUGGUGCAGAUUUUACCAUGGAUGUUUUAUCAUAAGGUUAUUGGAGUCAGAACCUUUUACCUCUUUGUCGAAGGACAUGCAGCAUCUCCCAAUGUUUCCAGAGUUUUGGAAUCUAUUCCUGGAGUCAAAGUUAUAUAUCGAACAAAGGAGCUUGAGGAGCAGCAAGCUAAAAGCCGGAUCUGGAAUGAAACAUGGCUUUCAAGUUUCUUUUACAAGCCUUGCAAUUAUGAGCUAUUUGUAAAGCAGUCUCUCAAUAUGGAAAAUGCCAUUUUCAUGGCAAGGGAUGCUGGAAUGGACUGGAUAAUUCAUCUUGAUACUGAUGAAUUAAUAUACCCAGCAGGUGCAAGUGAAUAUUCUUUGAGGCAGGUGCUACUAGAUUUGCCUAGCGAUGUUGAUUUGGUUGUAUUUCCAAACUAUGAGAGCAGUGUUGAGCGAGAUGAUAUAAAGGAUCCUUUCGGUGAGGUGUCAAUGUUCAAGAAGAACUAUGACCAUCUUCCAAAGGAAACAUAUUUUGGCUUGUAUAGAGAAGCAACUCGUGGUAACCCAAACUACUUCUUGACUUAUGGGAAUGGAAAAGAAGCUGCACGUGUUCAGGAUGAGCUUCGUCCAAAUGGUGCUCAUAGAUGGCACAAUUAUAUGAAAACUCCAAAUGAAAUCAAAUUGGACAACGCUGCUGUUCUACACUAUACAUAUGCCAAAUUCUCAGACCUGACAUCUAGACGUGAUCGGUGUGGCUGCAAACCCACUCAGGAAGAUGUCAAAAGGUGCUUCAUGUUGGAAUUCGAUAGAGCUGCAUUCAUAAUUGCUUCAACUGCAACAGAGGAAGAGUUGCUUCACUGGUAUCGGGAACAUGUUGUUUGGGGUGAUAAAGACCUUAGGCUGAAACUCCUAAGAAAAGGGAUUUUAACUCGCAUAUAUACUCCUAUGGCCAUAAUACAAGCUUUAAGGGAGUCUGGUGUGUUCAGCUCUGUCAUUGCAAAUGCCCCCGCUACUCUUUCAAGGGACAAGUUUAUGUCUUCCAUUGAUAGUAGCAACUCAUCAAGAGAUGUUCCUUCAGUGUCUUUUUCUUCAAGAAAGAUUGGUGGACAGGGAGAGAAUAAGGCAUCUGCUAGGAAGUUGCUGAAAAUUGAAGCUAUGGCAGCUGAGGUAGCAGCUGUUCCGCCAUUAUCACCCCCUGUAUGGACAGACAAUGACCGCAGCCGCAUUGUAGAAACAGUCGCUGGUGGGAAUUCUUCUAUUUAAACCAGAUUUGUCAUUAUGAUGUAUAGUAGGAGAGGUUUCUGCUCUGCAACUUGAUGUUGAAGCAUGGAAUCUGGCAUUGUAAUUCUUAUUUGUAGAUACUAGAGUAUUGAGUACUGACAUUUGAGGAUGUCAUUUUACUUAGUAAUUAGAUGGAAAUAAAAAACACGUCCUUAUGCAUUCUUUUACGAAA